AUGGGGGAAUGUUUUGCGGCUUUUCUGGGACAAUGUGUUAAACUUUCAGGCGACCAUGGAGCUGAUAGUCAGCCAAGGCAAAUGGGUCGACAUUCUUUUCCUUUAGCCGGUUAUCUGCACUUAGGAUGUGCAUUUAGGGAGGGCGGAAGAAGAGACCUUUGGUUGGGCGGGUUGGUGUUGAGGAGUGUGAGUAGUGGAGUAGUGGUCUCACAAACCUAUAAUUUGACAUACGAACAUACAUCCAUCGUAACCAACCAUACGCCACUGGCAUAA